AUGGCCCCUCCCGCCGGGACCCAGGGCGCUUUACGGCCUCUGGGCCCUGCCUGGUGGAACACUCUCCCUCCAACACGUCCUGUGCCCUCACGGGUUCUUGCCGGGGACUUCCACAGGGCCUAUACACCCAGGUGCAAACAGAUGUCCUAUCCUGAGGACCUGCCUCAGAUCUCCGUGGUCUUUAUCUUUGUAAACGAGGCCCUGUCUGUCAUCUUGCGCUCCGUGCACAGUGUUGUGAACCACACUCCAUCCCACUUGCUCAAGGAGAUUAUCUUGGUGGACGACAACAGUGACAAUGUUGAGUUGAAGUUUAAUUUGGAUCAGUAUGUGCACAAGAGAUAUCCAGGGCUGGUGAAAAUAGUGCGAAACAACAAACGAGAAGGCCUGAUCCGAGCCAGGAUCCAAGGAUGGAAAGCGGCAACGUCGCCGGUGGUUGGUUUUUUCGACGCUCACGUGGAGUUCAACAUUGGCUGGUAA